UUUAAAUAAAAAAGAAAAAAAAUAUCGUUGCGAUUUCAAGUAUUUCGUACAGAAAACAAUUGCAGAUCUCAGCCGGCACGGACCGAUAUUCGAUAUUUGUGGAGCAAAAUUGGUGUGAAAUAUGGAUUUUUUCUGCUUUGCUUGCUUGGGACCUGCUUUGUUUAAAGAAAAAGCUCUUUAAGAUUUGGGCUUGAAAGCUUCUUUGUUCAAUUCUGUGGAGCCGUAUUAUCCACCACAGCGCACAUCCAUCCAUCGCGUAUUGGUUUCUGUGUGCACGUCCAUCUGUAAGAAAUUGUCGGAAUAAGAAAGCAGCGAAACUCGUCAAAUUUGCUCAUAAAGGCCGCGAACCUUUCAGUAACUUGGAGCAGCUGUAAAAUGUGUGGCCGCGUUUCGUCGUAUACCAUCGCAAUUUUUGUGUUAAUAUGCCUUUUCGGUUUAUUAAAUGCUGCCUCAAUUAGUAAGAGAUCGAAUGAUUUAACGGUUGGCAAAAAUGGUAGAAAUUUUGUCCCAUCCCGUGCAGUAAGACAAGCAGCGCAAGAUCCUGAGGAUCCAGAAGAUGCAGAUUCAGAUGAAGACGAUGAGGAGUAUGAUGCUGAGCAGGCACAACAAAACAUUGUACAGCAACAACAACAGCAAGAGCAAUCAUUGGAAGACAGCGAAGAAGAAGAUGAUGAUGACGAUGACUUGUUUAGAAGAAGACGUAGGGAUAUAGUCGAUGAUGAAACGGAAACUAAAGCCGAUAGUGUGUUAGAAAGUUCAGCCACUUUAGAGGAAAAUACGAUUAAAGAGGAAUCAGCAUUAGUGGAUAUUUCGACUUCGACAACACCUGCGCCACCUUCUCGUAAAUCAUCUGUUUUAAUACUUAUCCGUGAUGCUUUGAAAAAAGUCACAACGGAGCUUCCAACUGAACAAGUUGCCUCCAAUGCACUACAUUAUUUCCAACUCUUCGAACAUUUCCUGCAACAAACAAUUGAACAAGUAAUUGGCGACGAUGAUGAUGAUGAAGAAUCCAGUACAGUGAAAAAUGAAGUUGAAGAAACAGCAGAAGACGCAAUUAAAGCUCCGGAAUCUCAAUCCACUGUAAAACCAGUUAUCGAUGAACAACCACAUACUGUAGCAGUAAAUGAAGAGAAGCCGUCAUCCUCACCACCGACCAAGGAAACAGAUCCAAAGCCUGUUGAAACUCCAUCCGCUGGGGUGGUAACGGAAAAAGCAGUAUAAAUUUAUUUUUUAAAUGUUUUUUGUUAAAAUUUUUCUUUAC